CAUGUGACCCUAGCUCACGCCUGCCGACGUCCCGUACGCCAUAGCUCGUAGGUACACGCGUGGACAGUCUUUGGACUCUUUUGACUUCCAUGCUUCCUCCUUGAACGAAAUCGUCAAAGCGUGUGAGAUUUCUAAAGGCAGCCGAAGCGCAAGGCAAGAGGCUGAACUACUCCAAGCGAUCUCGAGCUCCGGCAAAGGAGUGAAGCGCGCAGCUGCGCGCUAUCAGCACACCUCGAAGCGUUGGGAAAGAUCAUCACACGCACUCGGGUCCGCGAGAGAGGCACUCAUCAUGUCGCACGCGUCCAAUAAGGGCAUCCCUGUACCGGUCGGGUCCGAUCAGCCGUCCCAGCCGCACAAUGACUCCUAUUCGGGCGACUAUCGGCCAAUUCUCUCUCGCACCCAAUCAAGCACCUCUGCCUCUUCCACAUCCCGUCGCAACUCGCUCGAGAUAGAUGGCAUCGACAUCACCUCCGGUCUACCCACUGCCGGUCUACCGCUCUCCGACCUCUUGCAGACCUACUUGGCUCCUAGAUUGGACCUGUUCGAUAGGAGAUUGCGCAAAUACGGCGAUGACAUUAGGAGGAGAAGCAAGUAUGAUGAGCUUGUCAGACGAUCUCGCGACAAGAAGGAGGAGCUGGGCAUGAGGCAGGAGCUGAAGAAACUCAGAGGAAAGGUGGCUACACGCGUGGACACGUUGCAGACGAGAUGGAAAGACGCAAAGACGGUUCGCUUGCGGGACAAGGUAUGUUUCGUUAUCGGAGUCAUGAACCUGGUGGCCACGUCGCUGAUCUGGGCACAAGCGCCCGAAUGGAUCCCUCUAUUCUACUCUGCCCAACUCCUCUACUUUUUGCCUCUACGAGUGUACACUUACACCAAGAGAAAGUGGCACUACUUUCUCUUUGACUUUUGCUACUAUGCCAAUCUACUCAAUCUUGCAUUCCUGUGGAUCUUUCCGCACUCGAGGUGGCUAUGGACCGUCUGCUAUUGUGCAGCGCACGGCCCACUCGCCUUUAGCAUAGCGACAUGGAGGAAUAGCGCGGUCUUUCACAGUCUGGAGAAGAUGUGCAGCUUAUUCAUUCAUAUUUAUCCCCCUUUGGUCUUCAUGACCAUCAGGCAUCACAUUCCCAAAGGGAUCGCGGAACGGAUGUAUCCGGCUUUAGUUGGCUUGGACAAUUUGGACUUUGUCCCCGUGUUCUUUGCCAACCUACUUUGCUACCUGGUCUGGCAAUUCUUGUACUACGAGUUCAUCAUCAUCGGCAAGAAAGAGAAGGUGCGGUCGGGCGAGCGCAUCAAUUCUUAUAGCACUCUGGCCACGGGCAAAGGUGCCAUUGCCAAUUUGCUGGGCAAAGCGAGCGAAGGCCAAAGAGAGACCGCAUUCAUGCUCCUGCAGUGCGUCUACACGAUCGUGUGCACCUUGCCCGCACCGCUCAUCUUCUACAAGAGCGCGAGAUGGUCCAGCAUUUUCCUGCUCACUUUGCUCGUCCUGAGCCUUUGGAACGGCGCGUCUUACUUGGUCGAAGUGACCUUUCGUCGCUUCGAAAAGGAGCUGGAAAAGUUGCGUUUGGAAGUGCAGCAGGCUCAAGAGUAUGCGUUGGCGUUGGACUCGGAGGAGUCUAGGAGCACCGCACACACCAAUACCAACACGAACGCGAAUGCGAGCAGGAGAUCCAGUAGGGAGGUCAAGCUGGAUGACCUGCAGUCAGCAGAAAUCAGAAAGAAUGUUUAAGCAGGAGCCCAUGCGAAAGAAUCAUCGUUUGGCUGAAAAAUGAUGUGCAGCGUAGCAGGCACCGCGAGCAAGAGUGUGCCCAAGUCGAGCUGUCGAGCUGUCCAAUCACCGUUAAUCUCAAUUUGAAUG